UGCCAUUGUGACUUUGACAUAUGAUUGUAAAAUAAAUAAUUCUGUGUUUUGUUUCUAUUUAUUUAGAAAUAACUUCUUUUUUUUAAGUUAAAAAUAGACGAAGAGAACGUCUAUUAGUUACUAGUGUAAAAAUCAUAGUAAAUGGAGUUUCCUACACUCGGUGAACACUGUCAGUUUCUAGACUGUAAUCAAACUGAUUUUCUGCCUCUACAGUGCAAAUGUGCUAAAGUUUUCUGCCGUGAACACUUUAACGAACAUUGCCUGUCUGGUGAAUGUGAAUUGGCGCCGAAACCCAAAGAGGUUAAUUUGAAAAAUGUCGAUCAAAUUUUUAAAUGUUCAGAAAAGGGUUGCAGAAAAGGGAACCUUCAUGAAAUGGUCUGUGGAAAGUGUAACAAACAUUACUGCAUCGAGCAUCGUUUCCACCCGUCAUGUCCAGAAGUAGAUGCGGAGACUUUAGCAGCCAAAAUAGAAGAGUGGGAGGCCCCAAGACGCCAGUUUCAAGCGGCCAACAAGAAUUUGCAAGAAAAGGUGAAAUAGACAGAUGUUUAAAAAAGGUGACGGAAGGAGUGGAAACAUUUGAGGACAUCUGGCAGAAGGUGCACAAUGCCACCAACAGUAAUCAAAAGGAGAAAUAUGAAGCGGACCUCAAGAAAGAGAUUAAGAAACUACAGAGGCUACGGGAUCAGAUUAAAUCUUGGAUUGCCUCAGGAGAAAUUAAGGAUAAGAGUACACUUUUAGAAUAUAGGAAACUAAUUGAAACGCAAAUGGAGAGGUUUAAAGUAGUGGAACGGGAAACGAAGACGAAGGCAUACUCCAAGGAGGGGCUCGGUGCGGCGCAGAAGCUGGACCCUGCACAGAAGGAGAGAGAGGAGAUGUCAUCGUGGCUCAUCUCGUCCAUUGACGCACUUAAUUUACAGGUUGAUCAAUUUGAGUCUGAAGUAGAGUCACUUCUAGUGGGUAAGAAGAAAAGGCUGGACAAAGAAAAGCAAGACCGGAUGGAGGAGCUCAAACUGAAGUUGGAGAAGCACAGGUUCCACAUAAAAAAACUCGAAACGCUACUAAGGAUGCUUGACAAUAUGUCUGUGGAAGUUGAACAGAUAAAAGGCAUAAAAGAGGACGUGGAGUACUACAUAGACUCGUCACUGGAGCCGGGCUUCGAGGAGAACGACUACAUAUACGACGACAUCCACGGGCUCGACGAGAUCGAGCUGAGCGGCGUGGGGCUGCCAUCCUCCGCGACCACCGACAGCAACAACAGCAACGACUCCGCCGGCUCGCCUGCCAGUAUACUCUCUGGUACGAGUCCAAUAAGAUCUCCCACGUUGGAGGUGCACAACCAUUCGACAGACUCCAUAGAUGUGGAAAAAAAGAAAAAAGACGAGCUAGUGACCAAACCGGUAAAACCACUGCCGCUGCGAGCGGUGAACGCCAGCGCGGUCGGUAAUAGCACGUGUAACGUUAGUUCCUUGCUCAAUCACUCCGCAGCAUCCACCAAUAGAGGCGGCGGUGCGUGUUGCAGCCUGAGCAGCGCGCUGGUGUCGGGCGCGACGGGCGCGUCGGGCGCGUCCACGCCCAGCAAGCCGCCGCCCGCGCCCAGCCCGCCGCACGCGCACGCGCCGCACCUGCCGCACGCGCCGCACCUGCCGCACGCGCCGCACUUACAGCACGUCGCGCUCGCGCAGCAUGCGCGGCCUAAUAACACCGAAGUAGUGGAGAAUGGUCCUGUGUCGAACACAACCACGCAUCUACCGCCGCCCCCAACGCAACCUCCGCCCACGUCAAAAAGUUCGUCGGUGCCGCUGGUGGGCGUCCCGUCGGCGCCGGCGCCGGUCGGAGCCGCGCCGCCCGCCAGCGCAGCCGCGCCGCCCAGCAGCAGCGCGCCCGCGCCCGCCGCCGCGCCCGCGCCCGCGCCCGCCGCGCGCUCCGCCGCGCCCUCGCCGCUCACGCUCAACGGACCCACGCAGCCCGCGCACCACACCACACACACCACGCACACCACACACACGCCGCACACGCCCAUACACAUACUCAACAAUGGGAGAGUGAGCGAGGCGCCGAGCACGCCGGUGGGGUUGUCGCUGAGCGGGUCGAGCGCGGCGACGCCGGCGGUGUCGGCGGGGUCGGGCGGCGCCGCGCCCGCGCCCGGCACGCCCGCGCCCUCCGCCGCGCCGCUCGGCACCGCCUCCCUCAAGAGCAUGGCGCAGGAGGCCGUGCAGCGAGCAGGACUCGACCAUCACCACCAGACUGUAAGACGAGGUGUGUCGAUGGCACAAGCGCACAUUCCGCCGCUAUUAGGCGUCGCGCCUUUAGGACCUCAACCGCUCAACACUGAUCAUCAACUGCAAUUCCAAAUGAUGGAGUCGGCGUUCUACCACAUGCCACACCCCUCGGACUCCGAGAGGACGAGGGUAUACCUGCCGAGAAAUAUAUGCCGGACGCCAGAAUACUAUAACCAGGUGCUGCUACCCCAUUCGGACUCUGUAGAGUUCUUCCAGCGGCUAUCUACGGAGACAUUGUUCUUCGUGUUCUACUACAUGGAGGGCACGAAGGCGCAGUACCUCGCAGCUAAGGCGCUCAAGAAGCAGAGCUGGCGGUUCCACACCAAAUACAUGAUGUGGUUCCAGAGGCACGAGGAGCCCAAGGUCAUUAAUGAGGAAUAUGAACAGGGCACAUACAUAUACUUCGACUACGAGAAGUGGGGCCAGCGCAAGAAGGAGGGCUUCACGUUCGAGUACAAGUACUUAGAGGACCGCGACCUGAACUGAGCCGGCGCGGAGGGUGAGCCCCCGCGGUGCCGCGCCCCCGCCGCCGCCCGCCCAGCUGACUCCCGCGCGCCGGAGCGGUCUCAACCACGCGCUCGGCGGGACAUCCCCUCCCCUCACACUUAUUUAUUGUCACAUCGCAGCGUUUGUGUUCGAUACGUCAGCCUCGCCUAAUCGCAUUCGAGUUAUCAUUAUGUAAUUAUCGCAUAUAUUUGCAUAAAUUUAUGUUGAGCGUACGUUAUCCAAUGUCCCGAGGUCGUCGACCCGCGUUUUUUAAGUUCCUAUUAAUAUUAAACGUGAUUGAACGUAUCGGUCUUCGUCGACGCGUGGUUGAGCUUCCGUCCGCAUUAGCUAUCUGUUACGAGUGAGCCGACAUCGGUGCGGCACCAGAUGGACGUUAUAUCACGUUUACAAUCAGUACAUGUUGGCAGCAUCGACGUCACACGACGACAACGCAGCCAUAUUUUCUACACACAAAUGUACCAUAUAGAACAUUCCUAUUUUUAGGAAAAGUAUAGUGUCAUUCAUGAUUUUUUAUUAUACAUAUUGUUUGAUGUUAAUUGGUAGUCUGGUAAUUAAAAAAGUACCUGAGAAAAAAAAUAAUGAUCAAAACGAUUACGUGAGUCGGUAUUUUGCAGGGACGGUGAUUUGCGAUGCUUAUUGUAUAGAGAAAAAUUUUAUUAUUGUAUUACUAAAAAUCGGUUCAAUUUGAUCUCUGUGAUGAUUCGCUGAACCAAUAGCGGCUAGUGAUUACUAAUAGUGCUGUCACAAGUACGGACAGUUUUGUCGACAGUCAGACGCCGACACGGCUAUACAUAAGUUCGCGCGGCUCUAGCGACGGUAAUGCGCCGCUUUACACUCGCAGAUACCGUCCGAACGCCACCACGAUCAAAACUGUCCCCGCUUGCAACGCUAACGAAUACCGACCGUGAUGUGAUGUGAACGAAAAUCAUGACAAUGUCACCCAAACUGUUGUAAAAUAACUUCAUACUUCUGGCAGUUGCUGAUUAGCUUUUGUAAGAACAAGCGACACAUCUCUCGCAACAGCGCGUAGUGCCGUCGGCGAGUCGGCGCAUUGUGAUAUUGUAUUAGGGUCCCGGAGCGCGGCCCCUAGCGGACGGACGUCGCCGCGUGCGCCUGCGCACGGACGGUACACUUGAUGGAUACGUGACGACUGAUAUUAUGUAUGGCUCGGUGAAUGUAUGUGUUUUGGUAUAUAAACGGAACUCACAUUAUUUAGCCGCUGUAAAACGAAGUCUGGAGUGAUAUAGUGAAGUGAAAGGAGACCGCGACUGAAGCAAUGGUCUUCUGGCGAUGAGGUUGGGAAAAGCGGAUAUGUUAAGGCUCUCGCACGGCGGCGACGUCCCCUCAGACAUUAGUGUAGGCGAGAUCUACGUCCCAAUGUUACAAGUGACUUAAUAUUUGUAUAUCGUUUAAUAUUGCGGGGCCACCGGUGACUACGAAGCUGCCGAUUCAGUGAUAUAUUUACAUAUAAGAUAGUUUGUACGUUUGUAUCUCAAUGUCGCUGAAUUGUGUGUGUUGAGCAGAAAUAAUAGUAAUCUGUCGCAACUAAGCGCCUCGGUUGUUUUCGUAUUUCUAUUAUAUCACGAUAAUGAUUACAGUUAAAUUGGUUUAACACGUUAGUAAAAUUUAGUGUAUGCAUUUGCUAUCUUAUUACCGCUCAAUAAGUGUCCUCCAUAUUAGUAGUUCAGUAACCGAGAAUCGCCGAGGCGCGGAGUGAGUGUCGACGGAUCGUGCCUCGCCCCGGACCACUGACCCGCGCUGGAUCGGCGCGCCUUCGUAGUGUGGUCCCGACUCGUGUGUGAGUGUGUGUACUCUCGCCAAACGGUACAGUGACAAAGCAAUAAUUAUACGAAUAAGUGACAUCCAACCGCGUUCCGGGACACGUUGUUUUAACUUGUGUAGACGUUGGAGUUAGAAAUUUGUUUUAAGUGGUAAUUGUGGCGCACCCCGCCGGCGCCGGACCGUCAGCCGUCAAGCUCCGCGCGCCUGCUGCGAGUGUCGCGGCGUGCGCGGGCGCACCGCCAGGCGGCCGCGGCCGCGCACGGCCGGCCCGCAGGCACGCCGACCUUACGGGACUCGCGCUGGUCUUAGCUAUAGGUUUAAAGUGUAAAACACUGACAAAUCUGAUCGAAAAUAGUUUAUACAUUGCAUGCUUCUGGUUUGUGAGAUGGCGCGGACGGGGUGCGUUCAAAUUAGGCGUUAAAUAUAGUCGCAUCUAGAUUCAGUGUGCCCGCGCGAUACGCUGUCUCGCCUCACGCUCUCAACAAUAUUGUACAUUUUAUGUAACUAUGUGUAAGAAUAAAGUUCAACAUACUAUAGACGCACGCAAGUAUAAUGUUAUAGAAGCUCAAAGACUCGGAACAAUAGACUGAAGUUAUGUAAAUGUUGAAUAUGGAAUAGUAUUAAAAAGAAUGUUAUGCAAAAUGCUUGGAUUGAAGUGUGCUCUAAAAAUUCUAAACGUAAUAUUAUUAUGAUUUAUUUGGAUCUGAGAUCUUGUAUCGUGCAAUAGUCUUGUGACACGCGACCACUUGAACUGAACUCACUCGGGGAACACGUCGAGUACGCUUAGAAUUUAUAUAAACAAAAAGUUUUUCCAAGUGAGAUUGGUUCUAGCUAGCGAAUCACUUUAUUUAGCCCCAAUCUGUGUGGAGGUGAAACUUUAAUAUGUAUAUAGAAUUUUGUUGCCUCCCUUUGAGUAAUGCGAUAGAUGCCGGAGCGAGUCCUGCGCAGGCGCAGGUGAGACAGCGUACUGUAGCGUCGGUGAUAAUGUUCGCGAAAUAGUACUACUGCCAGAUGACAAAUGCCUUCGACGUACAAUGAUCGGGAUAACACCAAAACAAUGUAUUCCAUUUUGAGAGCCCAUAGAGUAAUUUUGUAAUAUUUUCAUAGUGAAGUAUAGAGCGGGAUUGUCGCACAAAGUGGCGAGUGCGUGUGUGAUGGUGUGACGGUGGAGUCGCGAACUGCAGGCUGCAGGUGUAAAAUGUAAGUGUAAAGCUAGAGUAGGCAGCAGCGAGCGACGCCGCGGCGGGCCCUAGUGGAGCGGUGACGACGCGCGAUCUCGUUAUUUACGCGUGUAAAGUUGAUAGUUUUCACUUUUGUAAAAAGUAUAUCGUGAGGAAAUGAAAUGUCGUAAAUAAUAAUUUAAAAAAAUUAUCUGUACAGUUCUAUUUGUAUAGAAAUAAUAAAUAACGAUUAAAAAAAUUUAAAACAAGUUGUGAUUUCUUCUUGAAACGCUUAGUGUGUAAGUGCGUCAGUUUAUAUUAUGUUCCGCGCGCCUUGUUUAGUGGCGCCGCGCGGUUUGAGCAUUUCUUUUUUUAUUUAUUUUUCUAUUGAAAGGAAUGACUGUUUACUUUGUAGAAUAAACUCGUAAGAAACCAUUUAAA